GGAAAUCCCCAAAGCAGGAGUUACGACACAAUUAGCUGUCCGUGUAAAACAGCCUACUUCCGGUUUGUAACACUGAAAACAAGCAGCGGUGCUGAUUUACCGGCUUUAUAGGCGUCUUUCUCUCCGCUAGGACUAACGUUAAACGGGUGGUUUAAAGCGACCUCACAGCGCUGCUACAGCAACAAGACGAGCUCCUUCAGGACACAAAGGAGAUAUAUGAAGAGAUCGUGUGAAUUUGAGAAGCUAGACGCGGCCGCUGUCAUGUACGGAAGUGCAGGUCUGCCCGAGCUCAUCCCGCCCGCAUGCGCACUGCGACCCAGCGCCGUCCUGCCCUACAGCCCCGGACCCGGAGCAGGGGACAGACACGGGGCACAGCUGUCCUCUAACCCCCGCAUGAUGCACAGAGCCCCCAAACUCGGCCAGAUCGGUCGCUCCAAGAGAGUGGACCUUGAUGAUGAAGACUUGGAUGAUAUCAUGAACAACAACAGGAGCUUCCCUAUUUCUAUCAGUGUCUCACCUAUUGCUUAAAGCAUGCUGGACUGUGCCAAAGCUGUCGUGGCCAACAUCAUUAAUCAAGUUAUGAACCAUUACAAAGUGCACACAAUUAUUACAAAGUGGAAUCAUUUAAACACACACACACACACACACACACACACACACACACACACACACACACAAUAUCAUCUCUCUCUCUUUCUGUAUUUUUCUGUCUUUUAUCUCAGGACUGCUGACUGUUCAGUGCUCUGCUGUGAUCAUUGCUUUUUCAGCACUUGUAACUUUAAUCUUGUGGCUGUGACAUUGACUGUCGUCGUUCCCUCUUUGUUCACGCUGCAUUUUGAUACUGAGAUUGAAAAUGAAUUUCUAAAGGCACAGGGCUAUAUUCAUAAAAAGAAAAAAAAAAAGCACUUUACUGAGCGGACAAAGACCAAAGCUAGGUUUGCUCCGCUCACACAAAUGUGUUCUGUGAUAAUCUGUUAACCUGUAACACACCAUUAGCUUAGGAUUCACAGUUACCUUGGAAACCGAGGUCUUUUGGCAUGUUUCUGCUUCCUGGAUAUUUAGCAGUUCAAGUGUAUUUACAGGGAGUGCUUUUCACCUUUGGUUUGAACGAAUUACUUUCCAAAAUGGUUUAAUAUCCUGGUUGUGCUAAUAUGUGGUUUGUGCAUUAUAAUUGACUUGCAUGAAAUUGCUUGUUGAUUUUCAUUUUGUAUUUGCAAAUUGCAUUUUUGAAAAAUAAAUUAUGCAUGAUUAUCAUA